AUGUACCCCGCCAAACCAGAGCACCGUGCGAGAGCACAGACGCCCCCUUCUUGGAAGCACACCGCGCCCCCUUCCUGCUACUCCGCCGAUCCUCCCGCGGACAGCAGCCCAGAGGAAGCCCGCCUGGCCAGUUCGCCUCUUCCCUCCUUUCCCGCAGCCGCUGAUGUCACGAGGUCCCCUCAGAAAAAGGCAGCCUCCUCUCUCGGCACAGCCAAGACAGCGGCGGCCACCCUCGUCCCCAUCCCAGCCACCACUGACACCAUGGAAUCAACUGUAGCAGACGAACAGGUGAUCCCUCCUGACGCGGCGGCCAAACAGGCGAUGGAGAGCGCUGGGAAAGGAAAGCAGCCCCCCUCCCAGCACGCCGUUGGAGCAGGCAGCAUUCCGAGUUGCGUCAUGGGCACGCUGGCUGUAAGCGACGAGGAUGAUGCGUUCCCCUCGCUUCCCUCCACCGGCGCCCCUCCUGGCACACCCCUCUGCGCUCCGCUUGUACCCGCACCACCACGUGGCCCACCACCACCGAAAGCGAAACCAAACGGUCCCCCACAGCCUCCGGCCACCAACACGGCUGAGCCACGCCCCUCGCCGAAGAGGGCCCGUCCCACGUCCAGCACCAAAGGCCCCGUGGAAACGGCUCUAUUCCGCCCAAGGAGCAGGAUCAACUUUCGAACCUCCACACAGGAGGCCAUCUCUUCACUCCUUGCCGCGGGCGGUGGACGGGGUCGUGCGCGAUCGCGUAAACUUUCGCCGGAACGUUGUGGCCGCUGA